GUCCGCGCCGCCCCGCCGCCGGCUCCGCUGCCGCCCCUGGCGACCAUGGCGCACCGGGGGCCCUCGCGCGCCCCGAAGGGCCCCGGCCCCACCGCCCGAGCCCCGAGCCCCGGGGCUCCGCCGCCGCCGCGCUCGCCGCGCUCGCGGCCGCUCCUGCUGCUGCUGCUGCUGCUGCUGGGCGCCUGCGGGGCGGCGGGGCGCUCCCCUGAGCCCGGGCGCCUGGGUCCUCACGCCCAACUGACCCGGGUGCCGCGGAGCCCUCCCGCGGGGCGCGCGGAGCCCGGUGGCGGCGAGGACCGGCGGGCGCGCGGCACGGAGCCAGACGCCCCGGGUCCGAGUCCCGGUCCCGCUCUUGGUCCCGGCGAGGACGGCGCCCCCGCCGCGGGCUACCGGCGCUGGGAGCGGGCGGCGCCGCUGGCCGGAGUGGCUUCGCGGGCGCAGGUCUCGCUCAUCAGCACGUCGUUCGUGCUCAAGGGGGACGCGACGCACAACCAGGCGAUGGUGCACUGGACGGGCGAGAACAGCAGCGUGAUCUUGAUCCUGACGAAGUACUACCACGCAGACAUGGGGAAGGUUCUGGAAAGUUCUCUGUGGCGGUCAUCAGAUUUCGGGACGUCCUACACCAAGCUCACCCUCCAGCCUGGUGUCACCACUGUCAUCGACAAUUUCUACAUCUGCCCGACCAACAAGAGGAAGGUCAUCCUUGUCAGCUCCUCACUCAGUGACCGGGACCAGAGCCUAUUCCUCAGCGCAGACGAAGGCGCCACCUUUCAGAAGCAGCCCAUUCCCUUCUUCGUGGAAACUCUGAUUUUCCACCCUAAGGAGGAGGACAAGGUCCUCGCCUACACAAAGGAGAGCAAGCUCUACGUGUCAUCUGACUUGGGGAAAAAGUGGACACUUCUGCAAGAGCGAGUGACCAAAGACCACGUGUUCUGGUCUGUGUCUGGGGUGGACGCUGACCCUGACUUGGUCCACGUGGAAGCCCAGGACCUCGGUGGAGAUUUUCGGUACGUCACCUGCGCAAUCCACAAUUGCUCCGAGAAGAUGCUGACAGCCCCGUUCGCAGGCCCCAUUGACCACGGGUCUCUGACCGUGCAGGACGAUUACAUCUUCUUUAAGGCAACAUCAGCAAACCGGACAAAAUACUAUGUCUCUUAUCGUCGAAAUGAAUUUGUCCUGAUGAAGCUGCCGAAGUAUGCGUUGCCAAAGGAUCUGCAGAUCAUCAGCACGGACGAGAGUCAGGUGUUCGUGGCGGUGCAGGAGUGGUACCAGAUGGACACCUACAACCUGUACCAGUCAGACCCACGGGGCGUGCGCUACGCGCUGGUGCUGCAGGACGUGCGCAGCUCACGGCAGGCGGAGGAGAGCGUGCUCAUCGACAUCCUGGAGGUCAGAGGGGUGAAAGGAGUCUUCCUGGCAAACCAAAAAAUUGAUGGGAAAGUGAUGACGCUUAUAACCUACAACAAGGGCCGCGACUGGGAUUACCUGAGGCCACCCAGCAUGGACAUGAAUGGAAAACCAACCAACUGCAAGCCUCCAGACUGCCACCUGCACCUGCACCUGCGCUGGGCAGACAACCCCUACGUAUCAGGCACCGUGCACACCAAGGACACCGCCCCAGGCCUCAUCAUGGGUGCAGGUAACCUGGGCUCACAGCUGGUGGAAUAUAAAGAAGAAAUGUACAUCACGUCAGACUGUGGUCACACCUGGCGGCAGGUGUUUGAGGAAGAGCAUCACAUCCUGUACCUGGACCACGGCGGCGUGAUCGUGGCCAUCAAAGACACCUCCAUCCCCUUGAAGAUCCUCAAGUUCAGUGUGGACGAAGGCCUCACCUGGAGCACGCACAACUUCACCAGCACUUCGGUGUUUGUGGACGGGCUGCUGAGCGAGCCGGGGGACGAGACGCUGGUCAUGACGGUCUUUGGCCACAUCAGCUUCCGCUCCGACUGGGAGCUGGUCAAGGUGGACUUCCGGCCCUCAUUCUCCAGGCAGUGCAGCGAGGAGGACUACAGCUCCUGGGAGCUCUCCAACCUGCAGGGCGACCACUGUAUCAUGGGCCAGCAGAGAAGUUUCCGGAAAAGAAAGUCCACGUCCUGGUGCAUCAAGGGGAGGAGCUUCACGUCGGCGCUCACGUCCCGCGUGUGCGAGUGCCGGGACUCGGACUUCCUGUGCGACUACGGAUUUGAGCGCUCCCCCUCCUCAGAGUCCAGCACCAACAAGUGCUCUGCCAACUUCUGGUUUAACCCAUUGUCCCCGCCUGACGACUGUGCCCUGGGCCAGACCUACACCAGCAGCCUUGGGUACCGGAAAGUGGUGUCCAACGUGUGUGAGGGUGGGGUGGACAUGCAGCAGAGUCAGGUGCAGCUGCAGUGCCCCCUCACGCCGCCCCGGGGCCUGCAGGUCAGCAUCCAAGGCGAGGCGGUGGCCGUGCGGCCUGGAGAGGACGUCCUGUUUGUGGUGCGGCAGGAGCAGGGCGAUGUCCUGACUACCAAGUACCAGGUGGACCUUGGGGACGGCUUCAAGGCUAUGUACGUGAACCUUACACUGACCGGGGAGCCCAUCCGGCACCGCUACGAGAGCCCUGGCAUCUACCGCGUGUCCGUCAGGGCAGAGAACACAGCGGGCCACGAUGAGGCGGUGCUCUUUGUCCAGGUCAACUCGCCCCUGCAGGCCCUCUACCUGGAGGUGGUUCCUGUCAUUGGCCUCAACCAGGAGGUGAACCUCACAGCUGUGCUGCUUCCCUUGAACCCCAACCUCACCGUCUUCUACUGGUGGAUCGGCCAUAGCCUGCAGCCCCUCCUUUCCCUGGAUAAUUCUGUGACAACGCGGUUUUCGGACACGGGCGACGUGCGUGUGACGGUGCAGGCUGCCUGUGGGAACUCGGUGCUGCAGGACUCCAGGGUCCUCCGUGUGCUGGAUCAAUUUCAAGUCAUGCCUCUGCAGUUUUCCAAGGAGCUGGAUGCCUACAACCCCAACACCCCUGAGUGGAGGGAAGACGUGGGCCUGGUGGUCACCCGGCUGCUCUCCAAGGAGACCAGCGUCCCUCAGGAGCUUCUGGUGACUGUGGUGAAGCCGGGGCUGCCCACUUUGGCCGACCUGUACGUGCUCCUGCCCCCUCCCAGGCCCACAAGGAAGAGGAGCCUCUCGAGUGAUAAGAGGCUCGCCGCCAUCCAGCAGGUGCUGAACGCACAGAAGAUCAGCUUCCUCCUGCAAGGCGGAGUCCGGGUCCUGGUGGCCCUGCGGCACACAGGCACAGGUGCUGAGCAGCUGGGCGGCGGUGGCGGCUACUGGGCGGUAGUGGUGCUGUUUGUCAUCGGGCUCUUCGCAGCGGGAGCCUUCAUCCUCUACAAGUUCAAAAGGAAACGGCCAGGCAGGACCGUGUACGCCCAAAUGCACAACGAGAAGGAGCAGGAGAUGACCAGCCCUGUGAGUCACAGUGAGGACGUCCAGGGCGCUGUCCAGGGCAACCACUCAGGCGUGGUCCUGAGCAUCAACUCCCGAGAGAUGCACAGCUACCUGGUGAGCUGAUGCCACCCCAGCAUCUGUCUUUUCACCCACGGAGGGCACAGAACCACCAGCAAAGCCGGCGGCUGGACUGGCGCCCCUCAGAGACCUGCGGAAAGCCCCCUCCCUGAGUCGUCGCCACACCAGGCGACAGGCACCACCCCCUCUGAUAAAUCCAAGCCCGCCCAGGCCCACGGGGGCCCACGGGACCCCCCGGGACCCCCCGGACAUGGCCCUGCCCCUAUGGGACACCAGGCCUGACUCAGGCAGGUUCUGCCCCCAGACCCCACACAUGGCCGCCCCACGUGCUGUCGCUCAGCCCGAGGCCUGACUUCUCUGGGCUGAGGCUGGUCGUCCUGGAGCCCUCCCAGUACCUCAGGCUGCAAGAGCUGCAGACCCGUUCAGACACUGCGUUGCGGGCUCCUUCCCCGCAGAGGCCGGGGCCUCCCUGACUUUGCUUCUUCACUCCCACCUGUGCGGCCACCCAGUCCCUCUGUGGGAGCCCGGUAGCCAGGCCCUCCCAACACCACACCACCUUCCAGGCACCCCAUGCCCUCCGGCUGGAAACUGCAGCUCUGUAAAUGCCUCUCUAGGU